GUGCUGAGAAGGGGGUUAGUUGGGCAUGGGGGCUGGACAGGGAAGGGUGCAGGGCCGAGGUCUUUUAUGCUGCCGGCGCCGCUGACUCAGGAGUGGACGCGGCCGCUUUAAGGCGCGGUGACCCCACGGCAUCCUUGGGCGGGGCGGGGACAGUGCCGGCGCCACCAGCGGAGGCGAAUGCGAGGGAGAUAGUGCACGGCGUCCGGCCCCACCAUGCUGACCGCGCUCGCCCCGCCAGCCCUGCCUGGGAUCCCGAGGCAGCUGCCCACGGCCCUCGCGCGGCGCCAGGACUCCUCCAGUUCGUCAGGCUCUUACUACACGGCUCCGGGUUCUCCGGAGCCCCCGGACGUUGGGCCGGACGCGGAAGGCCCAGCGAAUUGGCCCUGGGUGGCCCCUGGGCGGGGGGCGGGCGCGCAGCCUCGCCUGUCCGUCAGCGCCCAGAAUAGCCGCCAGCGGCACGGGCCCGGCUCGGGUUUCCCGCGAGGCCCAGGUUCCGGCCCACGGCCACCCCAGCCCCAGCUGCGCACGCUGCCGUCGGGGGAGAUGGAAGUCAUCUUCGGCGUCGGACCCCUGUUCGGCUGCUCCGGCGCAGACGAUCGCGAGGCGCAACAACAGCUCACGGAGCCGGCGUUCAUCAGCCCCUUGCCGCCGGGGCCAGAGUCUCCCGCCCCGGUCCCACGCCAGUCCCAGGUCCCCGAUGGUGGCUCCCGCUGGGCCACCUACCUAGAGCUGCGGCCCCGUGGGCCAAGUCCUGCCGCCCCAGCGCAGUUCGAGUGUGUGGAGGUGGCUCUGGAGGAGCGCGCCGCGCCCGCCAGGCCCCGGACGGUGCCCAAGCGUCAGAUCGAGCUGCGCCCCCGGCCCCAGAGUCCCCCGCGGGCGGCCGGCGCGCCGCGCCCCCGGCUGCUCCUGCGCACCGGCUCCCUGGACGAGUCGCUGGGCCGCCUGCAAGCCGCCGCGGGCUUCGUGCAGACGGCGCUGGCCAGAAAACUGAGCCCCGAGGCCCCGGCCCCGAGCAGCGUCACCUUCGGGCCCACGGGGCGGUCGGAACCUGCGACCCGGGAAACGGCCCGCAGCAGCCGCGUGGUCCUGGAGAAGGCUAAGUCUCGGCCACUUCGCGUACGAGAUAAUUCGGCCCCCGCCAAGGCCCCGAGGCCGUGGCCCAGCCUCCGCGAGCGCGCGAUUCGGCGCGACAAGCCUGCGCCCGGGACGGAGCCGCUGGGUCCUGUUAGUUCCAGCAUCUUCCUUCAGUCAGAGGAGAAGAUCCAGGAGGCGCGGAAGACUCGGUUCCCGCGAGAGGCGCCGGAUCGAACUGUUCAGAGGGCACGGAGUCCGCCUUUUGAGUGUAGGAUCCCCUCGGAGGUUCCAAGUAGGGCUGUGAGGCCAAGGAGCCCGUCCCCGCCGUGGCAGACUCCAAAUGGGGCUGUACGGGGUCCUCGCUGCCCGUCGCCCCAGAACCUGUCCCCGUGGGAUCGGACUACUCGAAGGGUGAGUAGCCCAUCGUUCCCUGAAGCCUCCUCCGAGUGGGAAAAUCAAAAUCCCGCCGUCGAGGAAACUGUCAGGAGAAGCCCUUCCCCUCCGAUCCUUUCCCAGUGGAAUCAGUGUGUUGCCGGGGAAAGGAGCCCGUCCCUCAAAGCCCCUUCCCGGUGGGAGAUUCCACAUUCGGCAGUCGCGGAUGCGGUGGAGCCACGUAGCAGCCCGUCCCCGCCGGCCUUCUUCCCGUGGGACGCUCCAGAUCGUCCUAUUGGAACUUGGGGCCCAUCUCCCCAAGAGACAUGGGAUCCCAUGGGGCCGAGCUCAUCGAUAGCAUUUACUCAGGAAGCUCAGAAUGGGUUAACUCAGGAGGAGUUGGCACCGCCUACACCGUUCGCACCCGGGACUCCAGAACCAAUAGAGAUGCAGAGUCCAUCCACGCGGGAAAUUCCAGAUCUUGCCUUUGGAGGGAGUCAGCCGUCCCCAGAGGUAGCAGCACCCGAGCCGCCCGGCAGCCACCCUGUGGGCACCCUGGACGCGGAUAAGUGCUCGGAAGUCUUGGGUCCUGGAGAGGCGGCCUCGGGACGCCCGCGCAUGGCCAUUCCGCGGCCUCGAGACGUGCGCAAGUUGGUGAAGACCACGUACGCGCCAGGCUUCCCGGCAGGAGCACAAGGCUCUGGGCUGCCUGCGCCUCCUGCCGACCCCUGCGGGGAGGAGGGCGGCGAAUCCAAGACGCGAGAGCCGCCAGCAUUGGGGCCCCCCGCCCCGGCUCACUACACUUCCGUUUUCAUCAAGGAUUUUCUACCGGUCGUGCCGCACCCCUACGAGCCUCCUGAACCGUCCUUCGACACGGUCGCCCGGGACGCCUCACAGCCCAACGGGGUCCUGCGGCGGAGGGCAGAGAACAGCACGGCGAAGCCCUUCAAGCGCACAGAGAUCCGCCUGCCUGGGGCCCUGGCCUUGGGUCGCCGGCCCGAGGUAACCUCGCGAGUGCGAGCGCGCGGCCCUGGAGGAGAGAACAGGGAUGCAGAGGCCCAGCGCCUGGUCCCCGACGGCGACGGUCGGACCAGCCCUCUAGGCGGCGCCCGCAGCUCAUCCCAGCGCUCCCCCGUAGAGCCAGCAGGGGUCCGAUUGCCCCGCCCCAGCUCCCCUCAGGUGCAAGCCAGCCCGAGCCCUGGGAUAGCACCCAAACCAAAGACAACACCUACGGCCCCCGAGCCCGCGGCUGCCGUCCAGGUGCCACUCCCGCGGGAGCCCCUGGCGUCGGCGGGCAGGACGGCCCCAGCCCAGCCCCGCGCUGCCUCGGCGCCUCCCACGGACCGGUCCCCGCAAAGCCCCUCCCAGGGAGCGCGCAGGCAGCCCGGGGCCGCGCCCCUGGGGAAGGUCUUGGUGGACCCCGAGAGCGGCCGCUACUACUUUGUGGAGGCGCCGCGGCAGCCUCGGCUGCGGGUGCUCUUCGACCCCGAGAGUGGGCAGUACGUGGAGGUGUUGCUGCCGUCCUCUUCCCCCGGGCCGCCCCACCGCGUCUACACCCCUCUGGCCCUGGGGCUCGGCCUGUACCCGCCCGCCUAUGGGCCUAUACCCAGUCUCUCUCUGCCACCGUCCCCGGGCCCGCAGGCCCUCGGCAGCCCCCAGCUACCCUGGGUCUCAGAGGCAGGGCCCCUGGACGGGACCUACUACCUGCCGGUGAGCGGGACCCCCAGCCCCGCACCUCCCCUGCUCCUCUGUGCGCCGCCCUCCAGCUCAGGUCCCACCCAGCCCGGCAAGAGUUCAUUGUUCCCGCUGUGAGGCCCCGGGCCUAUCGCCAUGGAGUUGGAGCCCUUGGAUGGCCUGGGAGGUUCUGGCAUCCAAGCCCCUACCCUCCUCUCUUUCCGUCGCCUCUCUCUUUAACCCAUCCCAGUCAGUCGUCGGACAGGAAGUGAUCUUCAGAGAGUGAAUCUGAGCCCCGACGCUGGUGGAGCUGGAGUCACCCAGGAAGUGGCUGCCUACUUCCUCCCCCAACAAAAUUAUGUAUCCCUUUCCCAGGCAUUCCCAGGGCGUGGUGUGGUGUGGUGUGUGGGUGUGUGUAUAUGUGUAUAUGCGGGCAAGCAAAUAGGGAAAGUGAGGCAUCCCUGGGCUUGUCCCCAGGAGCCGAACAGAGGAGGUGCUGUGGCUGCCGUGGGGCAGCAGGAACGGGAGCAGCAGGAGACAGGGCGGGGAACUGUCUGCCCUCCCUGAUGGUGGGCCCAGCUGAGGUGAGGCUGGCCAGUUCCCCUGGUGAGGUGGCAGGAAGGACUCUGGCUGUCAAGUCUGCUCUUAGGAAGAGGAGCUGAGCUUUGGCCCUGGAGGUUACUGGGGGGAAAGUGGCCAGCACAGCCCAGGCCAGGCUGGCUCUGAGAAAGAGAGCUAAGGCGGGGGACAGCAGGUGGAGGCAAAGCAAGGAAUACAGGGAGGGCCUGGUUUGGGGGUGAGCCUGGAACUUGAGGUGGGAAGAUGGGGAGCCUGGCCCUCAGAGCUGAGCUGACUCAUUUUUGGGCCAGGGAUGGGGCUUCAGUCCCCCACCCCCUACAUCGGGAGUAGGUGAAAUGGUCAUCAGGAAGCUCUGAGAAGAGGGAGGGUUGGGCUCUUGUCCCACAGGAGCCUCUUGACCCCUCUGUGUGGCCAGAAGGUGGGUUAGGGCCAGCAGUAGAAGCGAUACCCCUGGUGGAGUAUCCACAGGGAUCUGAAGCUCUUGGCAGGUUCCACUCCCCAGUAACAGAUGUGGCAACAAUGCCCAGAGAGGGCCUGGCCCUACAGACCAGUCACAGCAAGGGACAGGGCCCAGAGCCUGCGCUUCAGUUGCCCUGAGAUUCCAGGAGCCUCUGAGGGAGAUGAGGGGGGUCUGCAUGAGGUGGGAGGUGGUGUACAUGGGGGUCUGUGUAUAGUUCUGAACUGGAAAUGGCUGGCCCUUGCCAGCCUGGUGUGUGAUGUGAUGAGUUUGGGAAGGACAGUUUCCAUGAGAAGCAGUGGCAGGGAUGGGGAUGGAUGCCUUCGUUGUUCUAGGCCUGUCAGGGGGCCCAGGUCCCUAGCAGUCCCUGCCCUCUGCCCUGGACUGGAAGCUGACUAGGAGAGCUACGAAUCAGAACAACUGGCCAUUUUCUAGCUGGAGAUGCCAGCUCUGAUGGCAUGGAGGGCCCUGGGGCCACCUCAGGUGACUUUACCUCAUCCUGGUGUGUAAUAAAUCACUGACCAUGGAGCCAUGAUGGCUGAAA